AUGACUACUACUUUAUCGCUGGUGAUUCUUUGCGCGUUGGUGGUGUUAGCGUUGGCGUCCAAGACGGGCCGGGCGGUGCAGGUGCCCUGCGACUCCGGCCAGUACACCGCAAAUGGAGAAUGCUGCCAGGAGUGUCCACCCGGAGAGGGAGUGGUGAAGAAGUGUGGCGCCACGCAGACCACCUGCUCCCAGUGUUUGGACAGCGAGACCUUCUCGGAGAACUACAGUGUCACGGAGCAGUGCCGGCCGUGCACCGAGUGCACCGGCCUGAUGCGGAUGGAGACGCCCUGCACCGACUCCAACGACGCCAACUGCGUCUGCAACUACAACUUCUUCUUCGACGAGAUACUCGGCCAGUGCGAGCCGUGCACGGUGUGCCCGGCGGGCCAGGGCGUGUUCUCGCACUGCGAACACGAUCACGACACGGUGUGCGAGGAGUGCGUGGACGAUACCUACUCGGACCGGGACAGCUCUCUCGACCCCUGCCUGCCCUGCACCAUCUGUGACGAGGACAGUGAGAUACAGCUGGCAGAGUGCACACCCUACAUGGACUCUGUCUGCCACAAUCCUCUCUUCCCAACAUAUUUCCCUCCCACCUCCGAUAUGGGCCUGUCUCCACCCUCCUUCACCAAUUACUUCCUCCCUGAUGGCUCAGACGGCCCGUUGCCAGGAGAGACCACCACGUCCAGCGCUGGCUCUCCACGCUUCCUCGGCCACGGCCUCAACGAAAACCUCAUCCCCAUCUACUGCUCCAUCCUGGCCGCCGUGGUGGUGGGCCUCGUGGCCUACAUCGUUUUUAAGAGGUGGAAUAGCUGCAAGCAGAACAAGCAGGCAGCUAACAACCGCGCGGCUACGAACAACCAGAUGGUGACGCCGGAGGGAGAGAAGCUGCACAGCGACAGCGGCAUCUCGGUGGACAGUCAGAGUCUGCAGGAGCAGCAGCAGCAGGCCCAGGCGGAGGUCCAGGCUCAGCCUUCACGCUCACGCACACAGGAGCACAUUGUGGUGAGGGUGGAUGGCGGCCCCCAGCCUGACACGCCUCCCCCUGAAGUCUGA